CAAAUCGUUAAACACAGCAGAGAUACCCUAGCUUAGACACACAACCCCAAAUCUCCAUUUGCAUCUCUUCUCUGCUCGUUCCUCCGCUGCUUCUGCUCUCGCUGCCGCCGCUGCCCCGCCGCUUCCAGUCUCAUUCUGCUCUUCUGCUUCCGCCUCUCCGGUUUGCCAGCUCACCUUUUCUCGCUGCAAGAUUGGAUAGGUAAACUCUCCAGCUUGCUUACCUUAAAUGCUCCUCUGACUUAAACUUAUCUUUCAGAAGAAAAUCAUGGCAAUGAACCAUGUUAGGUUAGUUAGUCGAAAUCUUAUUACCAAAGAAGCCAUUGGAGUUUCAUUCCAAAGGACAUUUGCCACUGGCAAAGCGAAAAAAGGAUCAAAAGGGGGUGCUGCGGAUGCACCCAAAGCAUCAUCUCUCAGCAAGGAAGUCAAGGCAAGUACGGUUGUAGGCGCCAACAUUCUCAAGGAAGGCGCCGAUCCGAAAAUCCAGCCUGAUUCUGAAUACCCUGAUUGGUUAUGGCAUUUGCUUGAUAAACGCUCGGCACUAAGUGAACUGCGUAGGAAGGACAUCAAUAAACUGCCUUACGAAGAUCUUAAGCGCUUUGUUAAGCUGGAUAACCGAGCAAGGAUCAAGGAGAAUAACUCUCUCAAGUCCAAGAACUGAUUCAAUGGUACAUAGGAGAAAGUUGUGAGAAUGACAGAUCAGAGUUAUAUCCUUUUUCCUUUUUGUAGUGUUGUGGUUCCAGUCUUCUGGGAUUCCUUGGAGCAAUUGAAAUGAAUUACAUGUGCUUAAGAGUUGCAUGAUGUAGCAAUCUCGAUUGGUUAUACCCUUUGCUAUUUCUCUUCGUCUUUUCCCCUGUGAUCUUUUAGCAGAUUAGACCCGAUGAACUUUGUUUGCUGUAUUGGACUGAGGUAUGUCAAUAAAAUCUUUUUUUGUAGCUUUGUGUAGACCAAUUAGA